AUGGGUUCGACUAAUUUAGAAAUAGAGCAGAAGGGCCUUGCGGAUACUUCGAUCCCCAACGAUGAAGAAAACCCGAGUCCUUCAGGAAUCAACUCCCCUGGUGAAAAGGAGAUUGAGGAGGUAACAUACGACACGGGGUUCUUCUCAUGGCUGCAGGUCUUGGGCUCCUUCUUCCUGUUCUUCAAUUCAUGGGGCGUGAUCAAUACAUGGGGUGCAUAUCAAACCUACUAUGAGCAAAAUAUCUUGGCCGGCACUUCGUCAUCCACCAUUGCAUGGAUUGGAUCCCUGCAGUCAUUCCUUCUGAUGUUGAUUGGUGUGAUUACCGGUCCUCUUUUUGAUGCCGGCUAUUUCCGUGGAUUACUCUGCUUCGCCAACUUUAUGCUGCCCUUUGGGCUCAUGAUGACCAGUAUCUCGACCAAGUACUGGCAUCUGAUUCUCUCGCAGGGUAUUUGCGUUGGAGUAGCAGCUGGAUGUCUGUUCGUUCCCUCGGUUGCCAUUCUACCACAGUAUUUCCGUCAGAAGAGAGGAUUUGCCAACGGUCUUGCCGCCAGCGGUAGUAGCAUCGGUGGUGUGGUUUAUCCCAUCAUGUUCAACCAAUUGCAGAAGAAGGUUGGAUUUGCCUGGGCGACUCGUGCCCUCGGAUUUCUUUGUUUCGGAACUAUUAUGAUCUCGGUGAGCAUCAUGCGCAUUCGGUUUGCGCCAAAGGAAAAGCGUAAGCUUUAUCAGCUCUCUGCCUUCAAGGAGCCUGCAUACUGUCUGUUUACUGGAGCAAUGUUCUUGGGCUUCCUGGGUUUCUACAACUUCCUUUUCUACGUGCAGUCCUACGCUAUCGAUACGGGCAUUGUGGACGUAAACCUGGGCUUUUACCUGCUCUCCAUGCUGAACGCCGCCUCGACUUUCGGCCGCAUUGGGCCCAACUUCCUCGCUGACCAUGUUGGCCCUCUCAACAUGCUCACUCCCGCCGUCACCAUCACCUCCGUUCUGGCCUUUGUGUGGAUUGGAGUGCACACCGUGGGCGGCAUCAUCGCUCUUACUGUCCUGUAUGGGUUCUUCUCUGGCGGGUUUGUCUCAUUGCCUCCGGUGGUGAUGGCUAGUAUGACACCCGAUGUGCGCGACCUCGGAACUCGCCUUGGAAUGGUUUUCGCCGUUACAUCCAUUGGUCUCUUGAUCGGUACUCCGAUCGGCGGUGCCAUCUUGGCUGACACCAACAAGUAUCUUGGUGUUCAGCUAUUCACCGCUUGCUGCCUUAUUGCAUCUGCAGGCCUCAUGGCUACCUUGCGUUUUGUGCGAUCUGGUCCGAAGCUGAUCUGCAAAACUUGA